AUGGACGACGAUCUUUACAAUGCUAUAGAAAAUGAUAAAAUUUCUCCGUUUGAGUAUGCUGCUGGGGAAGACAGCGAAAACAGUGGAACACUGGUCCUGAACGAGUUAAGCAACGUACGUUGUAAAGUCCCGAAGCGACCGUUGAGAAUGGAUUCUUGUGAUGCCUUAGAUUGGCAUAUGCGUGUCCCUUGUACUUAUGAGGAAGCUGAAGGUAAGCGCAGGAAAGAAGAACAAGAUGAAAUAAUUCUAAACAGGCUGACACAGAGAAUCCUUUUGGCUAGGAAACAACGUAACUGUGAUGUAGAAAUAGUAGAAGAUCAGAGUGUGGAGAAGCUUGGCAAAGAAGAGAUCUCUAUUAUGAAAUUCCCCCCAAUUGACGGUACACCGUGGGUUACUGUUAGUUCCCCUGAUUGUUCCAGAAGGUGUUAUGUUUUCAGAUUUUAUUUGCGCUUGCGCAGCUCAAUACUAGAACAGCUGCCCAGUUAUAAUGCACAAUGCAAGAAAAUCAGUUAUAAUGGCUCAUUAAUGGAAAAAGCUCGAGCAAUGGUGGAAUCUAAUAAUAAUCGAGAACUUCAGUUACGAGUUCCUCUACAAAACGGCUGUGAAACAGGAAGUCAUGAAAAACUCUGGGUGGACAAGUAUUCACCUCGCUCGUUUGCGGAGCUAGUCAGCGAUGAUAAAACGAACAGGAUUCUUCUUAACUGGUUUAAGCUUUGGGAUGAAUGUGUUUUUCAUAAGUCAGUUACGGAGGUUUAUGAUUUGGGUGAUGACAUCUUAACGUUAGAUUGCGGGGAUCCUCGACGUCCCAAAUAUAAAGCAAGUAUCAUCUUGUCAUUUUUCCGGAAGGUUAUCCUUCUUUCCGGUCCCGCAGGAAUAGGGAAGACAACUUUAGCGACUUUUAUUGCUCAACAUGCUGGUUAUGCUGUUAGUGAAGUUAAUGCCAGUGACGACCGUAAUGUAGGAGAUUUCGAAAAGCGUUUUGAGAGCACUGUAAGAACCGCAAGGACCCUAGAUAGAGAGAGUAAACCAAUUUGUCUUUUACUUGAUGAAAUAGAUGGUGCUCCUGUAGAAUCAGUUCAUCUCCUCUGCAAAGUUAUCAGCCAAACAGGGAAAAAAAGUGUUCGCCGACCAAUCGUUUGUGUUUGCAAUAAUAUGUAA